GCAGCCGGGCGUGCGGCCGCAGCCGCCCAGCGUGAUUGUCGGGCAGGACACGCCGCAUCUGGUUGCCGCGGGCGCGACGGCGAAUCCGGUCGCGGACACAGGGAGCGGGAGCGCCGCGGAUUUCUAUGGAACUGCUGCGCCUGCGUCUGCGCCAGAGCCUGGGAAGCUACCGCGGCCCAGCUCGAUGCCGGGUGCGUUUGUGGACGAGGGGCCGCUGGAGGUGCGGCCGGGCAAGGCGAGUACGUUUCCUGCGGCGGCGGGCGUGGCGGGCGCGGCGCUGGGGUAUGCUGUGGGCCAUGGUGCGGCUGGGUAUGGUGUGAACGAGCAGCACUCGUCGUCGUACAGCAAUACGCACAACGCACACGACGCUACCUACAACACCAACGCGCACGGCGCUACCUACACCAACACGCCUGCCGGCCACAGCGGGUCGUCGUCCGUGUACUUCCAGGGCGACCUCCCGUCCACGGCCGCCGUCAAUGGCAGCUACAGCAACAUCCACGACGCCACCAACAACAACUACAGCAACAUCCACGACACCACCAGCAACUACAGCAACGUCCAUGAUGCCCUCUCUGGCGCGCCGCCGCCCAAGCCACCGCGCCCCGGCAAGGAGAAGCACUCGAGCUCCAACGCGGGCCUGUACACUGCCGGCGCUGCCGGCCUCGCAGCUUAUGCGCUGCAUAAUCACAACUCGCACUCGCACGCCCAGCACGCGCACACCAGCCACACCCACUACACCCACCACACCCACCACACCCACAACCACACACACGCCAUGCCCGGCGCAUUCCCUGGCGCCCACGCGUCCUCGCCCUCGCCCUACACCUCCGGCAACAUGGCGCACCAGCACGCCCACGCCGGCACCAUGUCGCGCUUCGUCACGUGGUGGAAGGACCACGAGGACGUGCAGAAAAUGGAGGAGUACACCGAGUACAUCGGCGUGUGCCGGUACUGCUUCGACCCGCGCUCCUCCCCGCUCGACGCCCCGCGCAAACACCACUACGAGCGCGACCGGCGGCGGCGCUCCGACGAGUUCGACCGCCCUGCCGGCUCGGGCGUGGACAAGCGCGCGCGCUACGGGCUGAAGGAGAAGAGCAGCCGCACGUCGCUGUACUCGUCGAGCGACGAGAAGCGCAAGACGAAUAGUAGCAGCGGCGCGGGCUGGCUCGCCGCGGGGCUGGGCGGCAUCGGACUCGCGACGGCCGGCAAG